GAAGAGUUAAAGAUCUUGAAUUUAUCAGGAUCUCAGCAGCUCAAUGAAAUCCCACACUUGUCAAAUAUGCCAAAUUUGGAGCAACUAGAUGUUGAAGGUUGUAGAAGUUUGGAUAAUGUUGACUCAUCUAUUGGUUUCUUGAAGAAGCUUACUUUGUUGAAUUUGGGAAGGUGCCAAAAGAUUAGGAGCUUGCCAAGUACAAUUCAAAACUUGGUCUCUCUUAAAAGUCUUUAUAUAGAUGAAACUGUUAUUGAAAAAUUACCAUCCUCAAUAUAUCAUCUCACCUCACUUCAGUUGCUAUCUAUUAAUGAAUGCAAAAACUUGAGGAGUCUUUCGAGCAGCAUUUGUAGGUUGAAAUACCUUGAAAAACUUUAUCUCUCUGAUAUUUCAAACUUUAAGACUUUUCCGGAAAUCAUGGAGGUUAUGGAAUGCUUAAAGGCACUUGAUUUAAGUGGAACGUGUAUAAAAGAGCUUCCAUCAUCAAUUGAGUUUUUAAAACAACUCGUUGAUUUGCGGUUAGUGAACUGUGAAAACUUGAGGAGUCUUCCGAGCAGCAUUUGUAGGUUGAAAUACCUUCAAGAACUUGAUCUCUCUUAUUGUUCAAACUUUGAGACUUUUCCGGAAAUCAUGGAGGUUAUGGAAUGCUUAGAGUCGCUUCAUUUAAAUGGAACGUGUAUAAAAGAGCUUCCAUCAUCAAUUGAGUUUCUAAAACAUCUCGCUUAUUUGUGGUUAGUGAAGUGUGAAAACUUGAGGAGUCUUCCAAGCAGCAUUUGUAGAUUGAAAUACCUUGAACAACUUGAUCUCUCUGAUUGUUCAAACUUUGAGACUUUUCCGGAAAUCAUGGAGGAUAUGGAAUGCUUAAAGUGGCUUGAUUUAAGUGGAACGUGUAUAAAAGAGCUUCCAUCAUCAAUUGAGUUUCUAAAACAUCUCGCUGAUUUGCAGUUAGUGAAGUGUGAAAACUUGAGGAGUCUUCCGAGCAGCAUUUAUAGGUUGAAAUACCUUGAAAAACUUAAUCUCUCUGGUUGUUCAAACUUGGAGACUUUUCCGGAAAUCAUGGAGGAUAUGGAAUGCUUAAAGUGGCUUGAUUUAAGUGGAACGUGUAUAAAAGAGCUUACAUCAUCAAUUGAGUUUCUAAAACAUCUCGCUGAUUUGCAGUUAGUGAAGUGUGAAAACUUGAGGAGUCUUCCGAGCAGCAUUUAUAGGUUGAAAUACCUUGAAAAACUUAAUCUCUCUGGUUGUUCAAACUUGGAGACUUUUCCGGAAAUCAUGGAGGAUAUGGAAUGCUUAAAGUGGCUUGAUUUAAGUGGAACGUGUAUAAAAGAGCUUCCAUCAUCAAUUGAGUUUCUAAAACAUCUCGCUUCUUUGCGGUAGUGAAGUGUGAAAACUUGAGGAGUCUUCCGAGCAGCAUUUGUAGGUUGAAAUACCUUGAAGAACUUAAUCUCUCUGGUUGUUCAAACUUGGAGACUUUUCCGGAAAUCAUGGAGGUUAUGGAAUGCUUGAAGUCCCUUAAUUUAAGUGGAACGUGUAUAAAAGAGCUUCCGUCAUCAAUUGGAUAUUUAAAUCAUCUUAUUUAUUUGCAUUUGAGCCACUGCAAAAACUUGAGGAGUCUUCCAGGUAGCAUUUGUUGGUUGAAAUUGCUUAGAAAACUCAAUCUCAAUGACUGUCCAAACCUAGUCACAGGGGACAUGGAAAAUUUAAUAAAUCUUGGUUUAUUAGAAACUCAGAAUAUGAUGGAUGGAGUAGCCCCAAGUGAUUUAUGGUGCCUAUCCUUGCUGGAAGAUUUAGAUCUAAGUCAAAACAGUAUGUGUCACAUACCUAUUGCUAUUACUCAACUAUGUAAUCUGAGACGCCUUAAUAUCAGUCAUUGCAAGAUGCUUGAAGAAAUUCCAGAGCUUCCAUCAAGUCUAAGAAAAAUAGAUGCACAUGAUUGCCCGAUCUUUGGAACUCUAUCAAAUCCAUCUACUCUUCUUUGGUCUUUUCUCCUCAAAUGGUUCAAGACAGUUGAGCCUCCUUUGAAAUGGAGAAGUAUUAAUCUAGGAGGUAAUGGAAUUCCAAGGUGGGUACUGCAUCAGGAAAUGGGAAGCCAAAUAAGAAUAGAGCUUCCUAUGAAUUGGUAUGAAGAUAACCACUUCCUUGGAUUUGGAUUUUUCUGUCUUCAUCAUCAAUCAAAAAAUAUUUCUUUAUCUUUGAAAUUUGAUGAAGGAGAAUGUGCUUACAAUAUAGUACAAAUUCCCUGUAGUAAAUGCCACAAGAUUAAUGAUAGUGAAUCAGAUCAAGUGUUGCUAGUGUACUAUCCUAAGAUUUCUUUUAGGGACGCGUUCCACUCCAAUCAAUAUAUGCACCUUCAGGCUUCAUUUUGGUCAGAUUAUUUUUUUAGGGAAUCAAAAUUCAAAAGUUGUGGGGUCCAUCUUAUAUACUGUCAAGACGAUCAACAGAACCAUAUCUCGUCGGUAGAUUUUCUUGGCACCCAAGAUGAUGAAGACAAUCAUGAGAAUUUUGGUGACAACAGAUCAACAACAAAAGCUAUGAAGAGAAGCCGUGAUGACGCAGAACAUAAUCAAGCGGAGGAACCACACCAUAAAAGAUCGAGAGAACCCAAUACCCAUCUCAAGCUUUAAACUCAAACACCAACCAGCAGGACUCUCCUGAGACGGAUUCUGUCAUUUCUCUAUCUAGAAUUUUCCUUCAAGUCCUGGAUUUGAAGAAGAAUUUGAGCCACAUUUGCCAUGGAAGAAAAGUGGUUGCUACCGUAUAAGAUCCCCUGUUGCCGCGGGACAUAGGUAGCUGCUGCCAUAUAUGCACCAGUGGCGGGCCUUCACCGCUACAAUAACAUCACUAUAUAUAGACCAGUGCCUCCCGCUCACCCUCACUGCAAAACCCAUUCACGGUGUUGAUGCCAUUCCCAUUCCCUUCCUCUUAACAAUGAGCAGUAUUCAGACGAAAAGAAAUUUUGCAGUGGUCAAUAAUGAAGAUUAUUGGAGUGUGGAUGAAGAGUCUUGCUUGAGAUCCCUUCUGGACAUAUAUACAGAAGAUCUUUCACCUGGACAUAUAUACAAAGGACUACUAGUUCUUAUUAGUCUCAAGUCAUUGAUUGAUCUAUUUUUUUGGAGGUACAACUUGAUGGAUAUUGGCCUGCAGAAUUUGGCAUGGAUUCAACUGGAAAUGAAUUGGCUUUGGUAUCAAUGGAACAUCCAAGAUCCUCUGUAUCAAUUACAGGAGGCCCAACCCUGAUAAAUGGUCAUUCAACAGUUCAUAAAUUUUUGUGUUGUGACACAGUGGCUUAUUAAUCACCCCAAGUUUCAGAAAAAUCCACUUUACAUCAGUGGUGACUCGUAGUCAGGCAUAAUCAUCCCCAUGGUGGUUCAGGAAAUAUAUAUCCAAUGG